AUGGCGACAUCAGCUCCCAACCCCAGUUCACCUCUCCGUUCUGAGGAUCUCCUGAGUGAUUCCUCAGACCCCCCUGUGCUGAACCAGGAGUCGUCUGAGGUGACCUCCCAGCUCUAUGCGUCUUUGCGCCUCAGCCGGCAGGCGGAAACCACAGCCCGAGCCCAGUUGUAUUUACCCUCCACUUCCCCAUCUCCUCAUGAGGUAUUAGAGGGCUUGGCCCAAGAGCUGAGUCGAAGCUUGUCAGUUGGAUUGGAGAACAACUUGAAGAAAAAGGAUGGUUCCAAGCAUAUCUUUGAGAUGGAAAGUGUCCGGGGUCAACUCCAGAGCAUGCUCCAGACUUCACGUGAUACAGCGUAUCGUGACUCCCUUCCUCCAGAUGCUGGCUCUGAGAGACGAGAAGAGGACUCCUUUGACAGUGACAGCACAGCCACCUUGCUCAACACCCGGCCUCUUCAAGAAUUAUCUCCAACUAGCUCAGCCCAAGCCCUGGAGGAGUUGUUUCCCCGCUAUACCAGCCUUCGGCCGGGGCCCCCACUCAAUCCUCCAGAUUUUCAAGGCCUGAGAGAUGCCUUGGAUUCAGAGCAUACUCGUCGCAAGCACUGUGAGCGCCAUAUUCAGAGCCUGCAGACCCGCGUGCUAGAGCUACAACAGCAGUUAGCUGUGGCUGUGGCUGCUGACCGCAAGAAAGACAUCAUGAUUGAACAACUGGACAAGACCCUGGCCCGAGUGGUGGAGGGCUGGAAUCGGCAUGAAGCUGAGCGGACAGAAGUGCUUCGGGGACUUCAGGAGGAACGCCAGGCAGCUGAACUCACCAGAAGCAAGCAGCAGGAGACAAUAACCCGCCUGGAACAAAGCCUUUCUGAAGCCAUGGAGGCCCUGAAUCGUGAGCAGGAAGGUGCCAGACUGCAGCAACGAGAAAGAGAGGCUCUGGAAGAGGAAAGGCAGGCCCUGACUUUGAGUUUGGAGGUAGAAGGACAGCGGUGCCAGGCUCUGCAGGAAGAACGGGAUGAGGCUCGGUCUGGGCAACUCAGUGAACAUCGACAAUUGGAGAUGCUGCAGGCUGCCUUAGAAGAAGAGCGCCGGAGGUGGGCCCAGCAAGAGCACCACCUUGAGGAACGCUACCAGGCGCUGCAAGAGGAAGGCAAGGCUCAGUUGGAAAGGGAGAAGGGGAACACCCAAAGGGAAGCCCAAGUAGCUCGGGAGGCUCAGCAGCAAUUGGCAUUGGUGCAGUCUGAGAUGCGGCGCUUGGAAGGAGAGCUGGACACAGCUAGGAGAGAGCGAGAUUCCCUGCAGCUGGAAAUGAGCUUGGUGCAGGCCCGGUACGAAAGCCAGAGGAUGCAGAUGGAGUCCGAGCUGGCUGUGCAGCUGGAGCAGCAGGUGACAGAGCGGCUGGCGCAGGCACAGGAGAGCAGCCUCCGGCAGGCCGCCUCUCUGAGGGAACAUCACAGGAAGCAGCUGCACGAGUUAAGUGGACAGCACCAGCAGGAACUGGCCUCUCAGUUGACUCAGUUCAAGGUGGAAAUGGCAGAACGAGAAGAGCGGCAGCAGCAGGUGGCUCAGGACUAUGAGCUCAGACUAGCCCGGGAGCAAGCACGAGUGCGGGACCUGCAGAGUGGGAACCAACAGCUGGAGGAACAGCGGGUAGAGCUGAUAGAACGACUCCAAGCCAUGCUACAGGCCCACUGGGACGAGGCCAACCAACUGCUUAGCGCCACUCUUCCACCUCCAAACCCUCUGGUCCCUACUGCUGGCCCCUCCAGCCCUGGGCUUCAGGAGCCAGAGAAAGGGGAGAGGAGGAUCUGGACUGUGCCUCCUGUGGCCGUGGCCUUGAAGCCUGUAUUGCAGCAGAGCCGGGAAACAAGGGACGAGCCACCUAGAGUGCCUCCUGUUCUCUGCAGCCCUUCCCCAGAUCUUAGCAUCCUACUAGGUCCCAGUUUCCAAAGUCAGCAUUCCUUCCAGCCCCUAGAACCAAAGCCAGAUCUUACUCCAUCCACAGCUUGGGCCCUUUCCUUUGCAGUUGGGGCCUUCGAUCCUGAUCACAGGGCAGAACAUCCAUUCCCUGAAGAAGACCCUGGAACUGACGGGGAUGGCUUCCUAAAGCAGGGACUGCCGCCCUCUGCUCAGCUGGAUGGCCUUAAGCAUUUUUUGCACCAGCUGCUGGAGACAGUACCCCAGAACAAUGACAAUUCCUCUGUUGACCUUUUGCCCCCUAAGUCUGGUCCUUUGAUUGUCCCAUCUUGGGAGGAAGCCUCUCAGGUGCCACGCCUUCCACCCCCUGUCUAUAAAACUAAAGUACCUGUAGCCAUGGCUUCUAGUCUUUUCCGGGUACCUGAGCUUCCUUCAACCCAUUCACCGGGCAGUGGUCCCAGCAGUGGCUCCCCGGAGAGGGGUAGCGAUGGGCUACCAUCCCUGAGGCAGCUGAUGGAGAUGUCUCAACUCUUGCGAUUGUGUCAAGCUCGGGGGUUGGGGACACUUCCUCCUGAGGAUUUGCUGCUCCACCUGAAGAGGAUGGAACACAGCGGGGCUGAUGGCCAAGGGGAUAAUGUUCCCCGAAGGAAUGCCGACUCCCGCUUGGGUGAGAUCCUCCGCAAAGAGGUUCCCCCCCAGGCUAUCCCUCGCCGCCUUCCUACAGUCACUAAGACUGAAAAACCUCCAGGACGGAAGAAAAGUGGGCAUCCUGCUCCUAGUAGCAUGAGGAGUCGAGGAGGAGUCUGGAGAUAGCCCCUUGCCCCUUCUUCUCUUCUUUGUUCUUAUUAUUUUAAUAAAUGCUUGGUAGUCUGUA